AUGAAGUACGCAACUGGUCUUGUGGCUCUGGCCACGACCGUACUGGCACUACCACAGGGUGUGACCGAGACCCUGCUGCCCUCGACACCAGCUCCUGCCGGAUGCUCUGCAAGUGCCCCAGGAAGCUUCAACCUCCAGGUCGUCAACGUCAGCAGCACGCCUGCGAAGGUCAAGCGCCAACAAGCCGGCACACUCGUUCUGACCCUGCAAGAUGGCAUCAUGAAGGACCAGGCUGGACGACAAGCAUACAUUGCUGCCAACGACCAGUGGCAAUUCGACCAGCCGAUUCAGGCUGGUGCCAAGAUCACUGCCGGCUUCUCACUGUGCGCGAACAACUCAAUUGCACUCGGUGGCUCAGCCAUCUGGUGGCAAUGCUUGAGUGGCUCAUUCUACAACUUGUAUUCGACCAAGCAAGGCAACCAGUGCAAUGAGGUGUACUUUGAGGCUAUCAACAUGAUGAAUGCCAUGACUGGUAUGCCUGGUGCGACUCCAGCGCCGUCUGUGGCGUCUCAGAUUUCUGAUGGUCAACCACAAGCAUCCCCUGUGUCGCAGAUUAGUGAUGGCCAACCGCAAGCCGCGACGGGCAAGCCUGUCAGCCAGAUCUCGGAUGGCCAGCCACAGGCGCCUACCGGCAUGCCCGUGACCCAGAUUUCGGAUGGUCAACCGCAAGCCCCUACCGGCAAGCCGGUGACUCAGAUCUCGGAUGGACAACCCCAAGCUCCUGUUGCUACUGGCAAGCCAGUCUCGCAAAUCAGCGACGGUCAGCCUCAGGCACCUACUGGAAAGCCCGUUUCACAAAUCAGUGACGGUCAGCCGCAGGCACCUACGGGCAAGCCCGUAAGCCAGAUCAGCGAUGGUCAGCCACAGGCGCCUACAGGCAUGCCGGUCUCACAGAUCAGCGAUGGGCAACCACAAGCUCCUACAGGAAAGCCGGUCUCACAGAUCAGCGACGGCCAGCCACAAGCUCCCACAGGUGCCCCAGCUCCUGCUCCUGCCCCAGCUCCUACAGGUGCACCAGUCUCCCAGAUUUCCGACGGUCAACCUCAGGCUCCCACCGGCAAGCCUGUAUCGCAGAUCAGUGACGGUCAACCACAAGCGCCAACGGGCAACCCAGUCUCGCAGAUUAGCGAUGGGCAGGUCCAGGCCGCCACAGGCAGCCCGUCGGUCUCAGCAUACGCCGGCAGUGGUUCUCACCUUGAGACCAGCCUCACAGGCGCCAUCGCCGCAGUCCUCAUGGGCGUUGCUGCCAUGCUAUAA